CUUGUGGGUCCAGAAGCUGUUGGGCAGAGCUUGGUACUGGAUGCUCUACUGGGCUGCAGCAGCAGCAGCCAACUGGAGGGAUGGACCCUGGGUGUUUCUACAAGGAGCGUAAGCUGGAGGGCUGUGGUGGGGGGAAGGCAGGUGACCGUGGUGAACACUCCAGAUCUGCUGGGAUCUUCCCUAGGGGUACGGGAGAGGGCAUGGGAGGCCUUGCGGAGCCUUCAGCUGGCCAGUCCAGGGCCUCAUGCCUUCCUACUGCUCAUGCAGAUCCCUGCACCUGGCAGAAGGAUGGAUGCUGAUGCAGCUCGAACCCUGAGAACACUCCUGAACCUGAUAGGGGAAGAGGCGCUCAGUUAUGUGCUGCCAGUCCUCACCCAUACAGGAUCCAUCAAGAGCUCCAUUGUACCCAGCCAGCUGCUGGAGGGGUUGCCUGGGGAGCUCGAGGCUAUGCUUUCCAUGUGCUUUCACAAACCGCUGGUUCUCAGCUGUGGUUCCCAAGCCAAAAGGAGGGCGCUGGGGAGUGAGCUGCUCGAGAAAGUGGAGGAGAUGAGCGCACUGGGGGGAUACUACCGGCACCAGCUCCACAGGGAAGAGGACAGCUUUCGGGAGAAGCUGUUGGAGGACAUGGCAGCUGCACUGGAGCUCAAGUUGGAGAAGAAGGAGGAACUGAGUGCGACCAGAUGGCAUUGAGAAUGAGGAGUGUGCGAUGGUGUCGGGGCUGGAGUAGGUAGGUCUCCUACAUCGCUAUUAGAACUUCAAGAAGACAUCAAGAAAUUUCACAUGAAGUGGUUGUAUGUUAAGGUUGUAAAUUUUCCACUUCUGAGUCAAGUUUAGCUGAAGUACCUCCAGGCUUUUAUUCAUAGUCUCUAACUUCCUUGGACCACAAAUUGUCCCAACAAACAGUAUGAAACUCCAUUUUAUUUUUUACUUAUUGUGUCCAGUUCAACUAACAUUUAUUUAAUGUAAACAUUUUGUGGAUAAACUUUUUCAAAUUAAUGUAUGAAACAAAACUGCCAUACACAUUACGUAGCAAAUAAGAGUAGCAGGUACCCAAUCCAUUUACAUUAAACCAGAAAAUAAAAAAGUGAGGAAAAGCACAUCAUUAUAUGCUUCUCAGUCCUAUCAGCUGAAGUGUGUAAGGGAUAUGGUUCCGUAUGUGUACGAGCACGCAGGUCGGCGUAAGCCUAAGAAAUAGGUCAAGUACACAGUGAGGAUGUGCGAGUCGUCCUCUGCUGAAAGAGGAUUGGUGCGAUAAGAGGUCCCUGGCAAAGUGGCAUGUAUCCCCUAGUCGUCCUCCACAUCACUGAUGUCAUGCGGAGUUCAUCUGGAGCGGAAGCGCGAACGCACAGGGGGCCUCAGCCGCAGCUUCGAAACCCUGACCCACUGACCCACUCCUCCAUGUGGAGCAGCUCAAGCAGCAAGUGACACUGCUGCUUGUUUGAGUUCACUGAACCAUCUGGCAAAGCCUGUGUCCUGGAUUAGGCUCACAUUGACCAGAGCAGAGAGCAGUUUCCUACCAUCGCCUUCUGCCUGCAGCCACUCACUAGUCACUGUCUGCCAUUGUGUUGGCCUCAGCUGAAAUUAUUUCUUCUUUAAUAAUGUACACUUUUUCCUGGCUGUAUCCAAUGUCAUAUGGAGCUAAACAUUUCUUACUGUUGGGAUGUUAAGAUAAUAGCUACCUGUGGAACAAAGAGGUGACAAUGAAGGUACCGCAAAUGAAUGCUUUGACACAUACACCUGAAGCACCUGGGUGACACGGUGGCACAGCGAGUAGCGCUGCUGUCUCACAGCGC